CUAUAUAAUGAAGAGAAAGACUGACGGAAAUAGAAAAUGGCUGAUCAGUGUGAUCUGUGUCUGCUGGGACUGAUCAUUCUCUCUUCACUUCUCACAGGGUCCAGUGGAGUGAAUGAGACUCAUGUGUUCAUCAGUUCUGGUGAAAAUGUCCAUCUGCCCUGUAAUAAUGCUCUUUCUGACUGCAAAUCAACUACAUGGAUCUAUAACAGACGUUCAGCAGCAGUUGCACUGAUUGAAUUAGGGAUAAAGAAGAAAAACUCUGAGAGACUGAGUCUGGGGUCUGACUGCUCUCUGAACAUCAAGAACGUCACAGAAGAAGAUUAUGGAUCUUACAGCUGCCAACAAUGGACAGGUCCAAAAGGAAAACAACAAAAACAAGGAACUGAUGCACGUGUUUAUCUGCACGUUCUUCACGUGUCUCCAUCAUCAUCAUCAUCAUCAUCAUCAUCCUCACAGACUGAGAUCAGUCCAGGUCACUCUGUGACUCUCUCCUGCCAGUUGUAUUCAUAUACUGGAUUCUCCUGUGAUGAUUGGGUCCGUUCUAAAGGACUUCAUCUGUUGUGGGUGAAUCAGGCUGAUGUUGAUCUGAAGACAGACUCCAGAUAUCAGAUAUUAUUCUCAUCAUAUCACUGUAUCAUCACUCUGACUACAACACUCCUGAAUGAAGAUGACAACAGAGAGUGGAGAUGUCAGCUUAUUCUCAGAAAUCAACUCCAGACCUCAGUCAGAUACACUGUCAAGUAUUCAGUCAGCAGCUCAAACUCUGAGAAGAAAUCAAGCCAAACUCUAAACUCUGAGAGGACAGCAGCUGCUCAAACACCUGGAUUUACUGAACAACAAGGUCCAGCUGACACAGCAUCAGAAACUGAAGUCAGUGUGACUGCUGGAUCAUUAUUCAGAGUGAUUGUGAUUAUUGUUGAGAUGGCAGUGUUUGCUGCUCCUACUGUGAUUCUUCUUCAGAUCAUCUGUGCAAGAAGAGCUGGGAGGAAGGACUCGCAGCACCCAGAGGAAAUAGAGAUGCCUACAAUGUUACAAUAAAAUACUGCUGAAUUUGGAGACCAUCUGAAACAAGAUUUAAAACAGCAAAAACUCAGAGGAUUGUUCAUUGUUUGAUUUUCUUCUUCUCAGAAAACAGAGAAAAAAUUCUGUGUAUUAAACAGGCUGAACUAAUGCUACUGCUAACUGAAAAGAUAGAGUUAAAUGUCAUGCAGCACGUAAAGAAAGAAGAGGAAGUGACAUCAGAAUGAUUGAGAAUUCACACCUAUCAUCAGUCUAAACUGGUUCAGAGAUGAUCACUGCUCUAUGUGGUUAAACUAACUGAGUUCUGAGUAACAUGUUUCUAAACCUCAACAGUGAGAUCACAGCUAUGAAAACACCAGAACUGCUCUAAUUAAUUCACUAUUUUAGUUAUGGAAGUGUAGGAUGUCUAUCAACCAUCUUAAUAUUGUAAGAAAGUCUUGACUCUGGAAUAGAUGAAAAUGUCACUGUGUCAACUUCAUACAGACUCUGAGUUUGACUUAAUGAUUAUUGAAUAAUCUGUAUGAUGAUGAUUCCAUAAGAUUCCAGAGAUACAACAAACAAAUGACCUUUUUAUGGACACUCAUUAUUUUAUGUUUAGGCAAUGAUUCACUUUCCUUUCAUGUGUUUUCUUGCUGUAUAGUUUUUGUGCCAAUGCACCUUUGAAAAUAGCAAUCAGAAGUCAGAUGUGUGUCAAAUUGUCAUUCAAAAAUCUGAUUCAAAGCUGUUUUUCUUUUAUUUUUAAAAAUGUACUGUUGUUUUCCAGCAAUUUCAACCUGGUAUAAUAUA